GAGGAGUAUUUUUCUACGUGCGCAAAACGGAGAGAGAAGUUGGUCGUAGCGAUGGCAAGAACCAAGCAGACCGCUCGUAAAUCCACCGGUGGCAAAGCCCCGAGGAAGCAGCUCGCUACUAAAGCCGCCCGGAAGAGCGCCCCAGCCACCGGCGGCGUCAAGAAGCCCCACCGUUACAGGCCCGGGACCGUGGCUCUCCGAGAGAUCCGCCGCUAUCAGAAGUCCACCGAGCUGCUGAUCCGCAAACUGCCUUUCCAGCGUCUGGUGCGAGAGAUCGCUCAGGAUUUCAAGACGGACCUGCGCUUCCAGAGCUCCGCUGUCAUGGCCCUGCAGGAAUCCAGCGAGGCUUAUCUGGUCGGUCUGUUCGAGGACACCAACCUGUGCGCCAUCCACGCCAAGAGAGUCACCAUCAUGCCCAAAGACAUCCAGCUGGCCCGCCGCAUCCGCGGAGAGCGCGCUUAAACCCGCCGCUGACAAACACCCCAAAGGCUCUUUUAAGAGCCACCGACCCCGCACUGAACGAGACCGUUUCCACUGUAACAACGAUUAUACACAAAAAUAAAGUAAAACAACUUCAAGAUAACAAUG